CCACUGGCCGACCUUUGAGACCAGCAGAGCGGAAGAGAGAGACGGUAGGCGCGUGAAGUCACGUAAACGCCAGAAUGGCCACAGAUUUCACUCAGGACACGCUGCUGCACUUCCUCCAGAGCCAAGGAGGCUCGGUGAAGAACUCGGAUCUGAUUCUGCACUUCAGAAACUUCAUCAGGGACCAUGCGGACCGGAACCGCAACCGGGAGCUCUUCAAAAAGUUCGUCAACUCCGUCGCCGUCGUCAGACAGGUCGACGGCGUCUCUUACGUCUUUCUCAGGAAGAAGUUCAAAGGACACGUCCCCGGCGGCGGCGGCGAACGGGGAUCUUCCGAGCCGCGUCCGAGUCGACUUCCCGCCGGGAAGAACGCCGAGCCCUCCCCGGAGAACGCCGUACCGAGCCCCGCCGGGAGCGCAGCGGAACCUCUGCAGAAACCGCGGGUGAGGGAGGUGACGACACCCGCCCCGCUGGGAGUUACAGCCGGGAAAACAAUCCUACCCUCGGCUGGGAUCCUACUCAACAACAACAACAAAAAUGUGGCAACAAAUUUGAACCUGAACCAGCGACAGGUAAUCAGUACACCUGGACUUCCUGGUAGACCAGCAGGAUCGGCUCAGGUGGUCAGUCAGAUCUUAGAGAAACCUGAGACCCCCAGUCCGUCUGAGCCCCCUGCACCAGAUCAGUGCACUCAAGUGGGACAGCUCAGGGUGGGUUUUGGCCCGCCUCCUGUGAUCACACCUGUAGUCGCAGCAGUCAGAAGUCAUGAAGAAACCAGACAGCAGGUCCCGGUCCCCGGAGCCCUCAGAGGGAGGGAGGCCUGUCCGCAGCCUGAGGGAGGACUUCAUCAGGGGCCUCCUCUUCAUCACGUCGGUCUUCAGCCGCAGGAUGCCCCACGUCGCUUCAGGCACAGGCCGAGCUACAAAUCUGCCGUCUCUUAUGAUGAUGAUGACGAUGAAGACGAGGAGGAUAAGGAGCUCCAGCUGAGGCGGGGUUCAGCAGGAGGAGCGUGCCCCCCGAGCAAUCCUCUCGGAGACAUGGGGUCGGCCAUCUCCGCCUCCUCUCCGUGCAUCGUAGAUCCGCAUGCUCCUCCCUCUGUCGUCUCCUCCUCUUCAUCAGAAAGGCAGAUCCCGAAGAUUUUCGUCCAGGAUUCGGAAACGAUGCCCCCUGGUGGGCCAGGCUGGAGCUUGCAGAGAGGACUAGAACCCGGGUCAGUUCCAUGGGAGUCCACCAGAUGCAGCCUGCCUUUAGAGGCAGAGCGCCACAUCCAGUCGGCGGUGCCUCACGGCGACGUCCACGCAGACCGCCGGUACUCUCAUCCCGGAGGUGUCCAGCUGGAGACCAGGCAGGGGCCGAAUCACAGCCAGGGGGAGGAGUGGCUCUCAUCUAGCCACAGCAGCACCUUCUACCCCUCGUCGGACGCAGGCCUGUCCAGCAGCGAGCGGCCGCAGUCUGGCUCCCCCAGAGGACCGGGGGGGAACAGCAGCUAUGAAGACCCACAGGCCAGAGCAGGUGUGACUGGGGGCGGGUCUCAAAUCCUGGAAGCGAUCCACCGAGCCCAAGGGAAGAAGUUGGAGUCCGUGCCGCAUCUCACCAGUAAAACAACGGCACCAUGGCAUCACUCCACAGGCCAUCUCCACGGAGACCAGGAGGCCACAGCUCGCUUGUCACCAUUCCACCGCUCCUUGGACCAUCUCCAUGACGACCGCGUGAUGCAGUGGCACCUCUCCACAGGUGAUCUCCACGACGACCGAGAGGAGGCGGAGUCGAGCGAGGGCUCCACCUCUUCACCGACGCUGCUGCGGCCGCACCCGUCCGCCGCCAGGCGGCUCAGCAGCCGGUUGAGGAGCCGGAUGUGCCGCAGCCUGGGGGCCGACCUCGACCAGAUCCUCCAGGAGGAGGCGAGGGUGGGGGGAGGAAGCGAGGCGGCCCGGCUGAACCGUCUCUACCUGAUCUCCUCGUCGCUCAGCCUGCGCUACGACCUGUCGUCGUCCUCGCUGUCGUCCUGCUCCACGCCGCCGCGCUGCCACAGCCUCGCCGACCUGGGCGAGGGGAUGGAAGGGAGAGCGGGGAGGAGGAGCUCUCCCGCCGCAGCCUCCUCCCCCAUCGCUCAACAUGAAGUCUCCAGUCGGCAGUCCCUGGUUCCUCUGGAGCCCAGGGAGCACGCCUGGCUGGUGAAGGGGGCCGCGGGGGCCUGGCCCGACAUCUACACGCUGUUCAGAGAGGACUCGUCUCUGCUCAACAGGCGAGACUUCAUCUCCGGCUUCACCGUGCUGCACUGGAUUGCAAAACACGGCGACCACAGAGUCCUCAACACCUUAUGGUACGGAGUUCAAAAGGCUGGUUUGAUGUUCGACAUGAACGCCAAGUCAACGUGCGGCCACACGCCUCUCCAUAUCGCCGCCAUCCACGGCCACAGCAAUGUACUGCGGUUACUGGUGAACAAGUUCAGCGCGGACGUGAAGCUGAGGGACACGGCGGGAAAGAAGCCCUGGCAGUACCUGAGCCGCACCGUGCCGCCGGAUGUCUUUCAGAUGCUGGGAGCUCCGUCGCGGCCUGCCAGCAGAGGGGAGGGGGGAGGCGGGGGAGAGGUCCCUGUCCUUGAGCAGCGGCAGCAGCCCCGCCGGCGGCGGCGCCAUCACCUCUCCUUCGCUUCCCCGGGACAGAGGCCGCCGACCAUGACGGGCACGACGAGGGUCAAGAGGUCGACAUCGAUCGCCGCGUUCCUCAAACACAAAACGCUGCAGCGGUUCCACGGACACCAGUCUGACUCCUCAGUUUAAAAACGUUCCAUCUGACAGUGGAACAGGAUUGACAUGCAGUUUGCCGGUGCCAUAUGGCAGUAGAUCAACAGUAACACAUCCCAUUAAGAAUCAGCAGGCGACUUAAAUAUUGACAUAACCAUUUACCACUUUGCAACCUCAAUGAAAGUGAACACCUGGAACCAGAUCAGCAGGAUUUGCUCAUGAUCUUUAAAGCUGUGUUUACUUCACUGUGGAUUUUCAAGUUUCUCCUCUCUGAUCUGUUUCAGCACGUUUCCUGAACUCGAACCCACAGUCCCGAGUUUAAAAAGAUCGAGUUUCUCCGAACGUUUUAGCACAUCUGUCAUAUGAACCUUUUGUUCUUGGUACUUUGUCAGCCUCGGUUUGGGUCUAUGCUUGUUCUUGUGGUAGAUUAACUGAGCCUACACAUUGUCCAAAGAUUUAUGUAAAAAAAAGAAAAGGGAUCCACCCCUUUCAGCCCAAAAGCCUUGAGCUCAGUCCAAAUACCUGCAACAACGGGGAGCACUGGUUUCUGCACCCGAGCAUUCGGUUUCACCGGAUACGAGUGCCAAACAAAACAUUGUUUGAGGUGAUUCGCCAAAUACUUGCUGAUCGGCCAGCGGAUCGGUUUUCGACGCGAUCGUCUGAUAUCGUUGUGAAAGGACAAAGAAAAAACACACAGCGGAAGGUUGACGUUUCUGAGCCACGGGGCAGCGUGAGCUCCAGUUUCAGUCUGAAGCUGUGAUUCACUCACGAGAGUCAAAGAAAGCAGCUUUUCAACACUCGUUGCCCACGUCUGAUCUUUGUUACUGUGUAUUCUUUAAACUGUUUUCAAAUCAUCCAUCCACUUCCAUGCAGCCUUUAGUUUCACUUUGUUUCUAUGUAAAUGUAAAUGUACAUGCAGAGACAUGAAUACAGGGAGCACAAAGAUCCAUGAACACCUGUACAAUGAAAUCGCUCUGCAGUACGGCACUACUUUUUGUGAAGCUUCACUAUCUUGCUGGCUCUCAAUCACAUGGGUUUUAAAUAGGUAGGGUGAUUUAUUAUAAAAAAAGGUAAUUCUGGGUUAUGAUAAGGUGGGUGUUACUUUGGUAGUUUUGUCCAUCAGUAACACUGUUGUACUCACCAGCUGAGAUUUGGGAAUGCCGUGACAUCACUGAGAGGUGUGACAGGUGGAGGACCAAGAGGAGAGAGAUGAUCAGACGGGCUGUAAACAAACCUCCAGGUGAGACGAACAGUCACCAGACCAGCAUGCAGCGCUGUGUGUAACCACAAAGUUACGUUGUAGUAUAGAACACAUUGAUAAGUGAGCUUCAGACGUGGAGUUUGUUACUUUUGUAGCCGUUUCCAGCCUUCGUGCUAAGCUCAUUGUCUGCUGGCUACGGUUUCAUGUUUGUUGUACCGAGUCGUGUCAAUCUUCUCUUCUGUGUCUAACAUUUCCCAAAGUGACAAACUAUUCCUUCAACUCGGUGAGUGCGAUGUUAUUAUUAGUGCUGAUUAUAAAUGAGAGGAGCUACAAGAAUGGAAGGCGAGUAGUAAUACGCUGCAGUGAUGCUUAACUGUGUGAGCCCAUCACACAUGAUGGUGUUGUAUCAGACUGCACUUCAUCAGGAUGUGUUUUUAAAACGUGAAAACACGAGUAUUGUCCUUUACCACUGGCCUCCGGGAUAAACCUGCUGUGUUGUGCUUUGUAAAUGAUUGUGGUCUGAAGUUUACUGUAAUUGGAUGUUCUUUGUACAGUAUUAUACACUGAGUAUUAAAUAUGUUACACAGUUGGAGGUGUUUAUUUAUUUUUGACAUCUUUAAAUGCAGUGGUUGGUUUUUAUUUUUUUUUUAGGUUUUCACAUUAUUCUGGAGCUUCUCUUCAUUUUUCAUCUUUUCUAUGAACGGAUUGGAGAUUACAGAGAAAAUAUAAAGUUAUGCAUUUCAUUUAUUCAUUGUUUAACAAACGGUAUUAUUUACUGAUGUAAUGACUUGGUCUCUCUAGCUGUGCAGCUGAAUCGUCUGUCAGUACUGAGGUUUUCUUUGUUGAACUGGUCUCUUGGGUUUAUUAGUUGAUCUGUGGGAAAUGAGUGUGCAGCUUCAGUGAUCGCUUCAGUAACCUUUCAAGCCAAAAAGCCAAAUAUUCUCUGGUGUCUGCUUGUCAAAUGCAAAGAUUUUCUAUUAUUCUACAGUGUUAUAUUCAUGUUACUGAAUAUUUGGACUGAGAAACAUCUCUCGGUACACCAGGGAAGUCUGAUGAAGACUUUUGGGAUGUGAGUGAAAGUUCACGAUGAAGCUGGUAAGUGGACCUUGAAUUAACAUUAUUUAGUCACGCUAGUACUCGGUCUUUCAAAGCUGUUGAUCUGUAAAGGCUUUGUGAAUAUCUGAGGAAGAAUCCACAGACAGUCUUCACUAUACUAUCACUCUUUCUCCAUCAUGCUAUGCUAUGACCUUUUUUUGAAUAUUUUGUAUUUUUGACAUACUAUACAAUGAUGUUUAUCAAUAUUACAUACUAUGGAAUCGCAUUUCUACAUAGUACAGUAUGAUGUUUUUAUGACUUUUCGACAUACUACUGUAUACUAUGACUUGCCUUGACAUACUAUACUGUGACGUUUUUUUGAGAUACCAUACUAUGACUUUUUACAACAUACUAUACAACGGCUAUUUCCGACAAAUACUAUGGCAUUUUUCGUUAUGCUAGAUCAGGGGUAUUCAAUUAAAAUUCAACAAGGUCCAUUUAGAGAGAAUUUCCUCCUGCAAAGGUCCAGAACAUCACACUAAUGUCCAACUUGUGCUCUGAUUUAGUCCCAUGUAUAUUGAAGUAGCCAACCGUUGUAUUAACGUCUGUAUGUGGUGUGUGUGUAUGUGACUGUCAUUUCAUAUAUAGAAAGUUCUAUCUCAACAAUAUUGUCAGAUUUCAAAGUGAACUGGAUGAA